AGAGGCUAUGACUACGUUUCUCGUCGCGUUUCGAUGCAACAAGUCGUAGUUUCCUGGAUAAUUUUUCCCGUCGCAGUUGGCAGGGGGUGCAGCGAUCGACUCUCAUCUACGUGUGUUCGUCUAGUAUUACAUCUAAAUGAAGCUCUCCAGAACUCUAACUCAUUCAAUCACCAAGAUGGAUCGUACCGUACCCCGUUCGUGUGCGAAAUUUUUUCGAUUGCGCACAAGGCUCUGCGGCCUUGGAAGAUGCUUACAGCUGCGCCUCCUUUCUAUCUAAAAGCAAAAGACGUUCUUGCGUGUUCGACUCUCAAGUUAUUUCACUGCUGGCUUGUUUGGGAAAACAAACAUCCUGUUACUUAGGGGAUCACGUAUUGGGAAUGGGGAAUUAUCGGCGAACUGAUACUAUUAGGUGUCAUCGCGUCAUCUUCUCGCUCCCGUUUGCGGAAUCGAUUCUCGUGCUGUUGUCGCCUUCGUGAUAAAAAAUGCUUUACCGGAACUGGAAUCAAAUCAUUUAAGUGUCAAGUGGUUGUGCUUCUCUCUUCAGUAGCAAUCCAUCGUGCGUGUUCGGUUCUUGUGGCUCUCCCGGCUUCUUCGUGUCUUUAUUCAUCUUGUCUUUCUUGUUCAGGCUCCUGAACAAGAAAAAGAAUGAGCAACCCUUUGCGCGGCAUGAGCAGCCGCGGUCCCAACCUGUCCGGCGCAUUGGACUUUUACGUGGCGAUUGGCGAAGUUUUCGGCGCGGACCCGGACAAAGCAAAGGCCUGCUGCGACAACUUUCUGAAGGCCUGUCACGAAGUCGGCCCGGAGGAGUCGAGAUUCUUAGCCGCUUUCGGCGAAGAGAACGAGAAACUCAAGACGGCCGCACUGAAGUUUUACAAGGGGAUCGCACACAUCGCGAACUGGGUAAUGGGCCGGGACGGGCACGCGGCGGCGGUCGAGGUGGUUGACGAUCUCUUUGCCGUUUUCAUGAAGGCCGCUGACGAUGCGGAUGACAAGGAGGCUUUUGUUAGAGCGUUUAACAUCGGCAUUGAAGAGUUGGAAGCGAUCCUGAUGUGACCGCUUGGCCAAACUCUGUGUACUUAGGGCAGUUUCGUUCUAAUGGGAAGCAAAAUAUUAAAAACCACAACCACAUCAAACUGUAUCCAUGGACAGCGCGAUUAUGUUGAGUGGCAACUUGUUCAGCUUCACCUUCAUCUCAUCAUCACGAAGUGCAAACAACAUAAUACAUUUAUUUGAUGCAGUUGCAGCACUCGUGUCCGACAGCGGAGACGAGUUUUGUUCGAUAUUGAGCGUUCUGUUCCAGCAUUCCAGAGAGCCCCGAGCUGAAAGCCUGAGAGUAGUCAAGUUUUCUUUAAGAGUAGUAGC